AUGAACCUAAUGUGUGUCAUAUUUCCUGUUGCAGAUAUGGAAGAUAAGGUUCAAAAUGUACUCAAACUCAUUGAAGAAGAUGGAGACUCUUUUGCCAAGAGGGCAGAAAUGUACUACAAAAAGAGACCAGAGCUGAUACACUUCGUCGAAGAAUCUUACCGAGCUUAUAGGGCAUUAGCUGAACGGUAUGAUCACAUAUCGACAGAGCUACAAAAUGCUAACAAUACCAUUGCGUAUGUUUUCCCAGAACAAGUCCAGUUUGCAAUGGAAGAAGAUGAAGAUGAAGCCCCAUCUAAGCUUUCGAAGAAGCUUCCAGACGUCCCGAAAGCAAAUAUUCCAAAGGUCCCAAAGAUUCCAAAAGAUAUAAAGGGUAUCGUCUCAUUAGCUUCAAAGAAGUUGCAACCAAAGAAGUCAAUGAAAGGAGCAAGUCAUGUUACAGUUGCUAAGUCUGGCUUGAGCAAAUCCGAGGGUCUCCAGGAAAUUGACAAGAUUCAGAAACAAAUCCUGGCUCUACAAACUGAGAAAGAGUUUGUGAAGAGUUCCUAUGAGGGCGGACUUGCCAAGUAUUGGGAAAUUGAAAUGCAAAUCAAGGAAAUGCAGGAAAAGGUUUGUAUUUUGCAAGAUGAAUUUGGUGCCGGCAUAGUCAUUGAAGACAAUGAAGCUCGGACAUUGAUGGCGUCGGCGGCCCUGAAAUCAUGCCAAGAUACAUUGGCUCAAUUGCAGGAGAAACAAGAGAGAUCUGCGGAAGAAGCAGUAGAAGAGCGCAAGAGAAUUAACAAUGCCCGGGAAAAGUUGAAGUCUCUCAAGGAUGAGUUUCUGCAUGGUGCGAUCAAUCCAGAAAAUCCCCAAGCCAAAGAUGAACCUGUAAAAGCAGUAGAAGGAUUGGGAAGCCUACAACAAGAAGUGAGCAGUGCUACAGAGGGGAGACAGGAUAUAGAGUUGUUGCGUGAGAAGAUUAAGGAAAACUUCAAGGUAGGAUCUAAUGCAUGUGUCACUGUGGCAGAACUUGCUGAGAAGAUCGAUGAACUUGUAAACAAGAUCAUUAACUUAGAAGCUUCAGUUUCAUCACAGACAGCUCUUAUACAGAGGUUAAGAUCGGAGACAAAUGAGCUACAAGCAGAAAUUCAAACUUUAGAAGAAGAUAAGGCAACAUUGAUAAAUGGCAAAAAUGAUUUGAGGAAACAGCUGAUGGAUAUGGAGGAGAAGUUGCGUGGACUCCAGGAUCUAGACCAGAGUGUUGAGGACCAGAAUAACAACCUUCAUGCACAUUUUACUGAAGCACGUUCUAAUAUCGAUCACAUCUCUGAGAAAUUGCUUUGUGUAAAAUCAGAUGAGGAGGUCGAAGUCAAACCAGAAACAGAGGACAGAUCACUGGUGGAAGUUGAAUCUCAAGAAGGUGCACUCAGUCCUGAUGGUAGCCUUGAGAAACCACAGAAUGUGAAGACAAAAGAGCAUCUCAAGGUUUCAGGUCAAUCUCACCUAGAAAUCAAGGGAUCAGAAGGUGCACUGAAUCCUGAUGAUGGUUUUGGGGAACAACAAAAUCAGAAGCCACACCAUGAGCUCAAGGUUUCAUAUCCCUCACAGGAUGGGAAGGAAACUCCUGCAGAAUUCAGUUUGUUAGCAGAUGUAAAGCAACAAGAAGACAAAAUGAAUGAUGCUGAUGGUUCUAUGAAUUUCACAGAGAAUAAAAGAGAAGAGGAAGAGCUAAAUGAACAUGGGAACGAUUCAAACCAGAAGCCCCACCACGAGCUCGAGGUCUUAUGUUCUUCAAAGGAUGGAAAGGAAACUCCAGCAGAAUUCAGUUUGUUAGCAGAUUUAAAGCAACAAGAAGAAAAGGUGAAUGAUGCUGAUGGUUCUAUGAACUUCACAGAGAAUGAAAGAGAAGAGGGAGAGAUAAAAGAACAUGGGAAAGAUUCAAGUCAACCCCAGAAAACUAUUGAACUCAACAAUCCUCUGGAGGAAGUUCAUGGUGUGGAAAUUGAAGAAAAAGUUUCUAGGAAAGAUUCACCUUCGUUGAUGGAUGAUCCCAAUGUUGAAACACAGGAACAGGAAACAACGCUUGAUGAUGAGCCAGACUGGAAGCAGUUAUUCAUGAAUGGUAUGGAGAAUAGAGAAAAAGUUCUACUGACAGAAUAUACUUCAGUUCUUCGGAAUUAUAAGGAAGUCAAGAAGAAGCUUGCUGAAAAAGAAAAUAAGAAUGGAGAUAGCCUCUUUGAUGCAACAGUGCGGUUAAGAGAACUGAAGAGUGCCAAUGCAAAGAAGGAUGAACAGAUUCAAUUUUUACGUCAGAAGCUGAUCCUCCUUCAAGCAGGUUUGGGUGAAGAGAGCGAAACUAUAAAAUCGAUGGUGACAGAAUGCCCAAUGACAGAGAAAGAAGUAACAGAAGACAUCAAGGUGAUUCUAGUGGACCAACCAGAACCUACGGCAGAAAUCGAAAAACGAUUCCGGAUGAACAUUGAUGAAGUUCUAGAAGAGAACUUGAACUUCUGGUUAAGGUUCAGUACUACAUUCCAACAAAUACAGAAAUUUGAAACUGAAGUCCAAGAUUUACAGUCUGAGUUAUCCAAAUUAGAGGAAAAGCAAAAGGUGCAAGAUGGGAGUAGUAAUGCAAAAUAUUCUCUGAAAUCAGAUGCAAAGCCACUAUACAAGUACCUCAGAGAGAUACAUACUGAACUGACUGUCUGGUUAGAGAAAAGCAUGCAACUGAAAGAUGAAGUGAAGAGCAGAUUUGCAUCCUUGUGUGACAUCCAAGAUGAAAUAACGGCUGCUUUGAAGGAAAGCGCUGAAGAUGACGAGUUCAAGUUUACAAGCUAUCAAGCUGCAAAGUUCCAAGGUGAGAUUUUGAACAUGAAGCAAGAGAAUAACAAGGUUGCAGAUGAAUUGCAGGCAGGUUUAGAUCACAUAACGACAAUCCAGCUUGAAGUUGAAAGAACACUGGCAAAAUUGAACGAGGAAUUCAAGCUUUCUGGAUCAAAGAACCGUCAAAAUAUCCAGCUGCCACACUCAGAAAGCAGGUCUCGAGUUCCUCUGCGGUCAUUCAUCUUUGGCGUCAAACCUAAAAAGCAAAGGAAUUCAAUCUUCUCUUGCAUGCACCCUGCCCUGCAUAGGAGACAUUUUAGAUCAGGACCCAAUGUGUAA